AUGGAACGAGCGUAUGAAUAUUUUCUACUUGAUUUACGUAAUGAAUAUCGUUUAACUGAAAUAUUUGAACCGAGUCGAAUAAUGGUUUUCUUUAAAGCUAGUCUUGUUAUAACUACUUAUCAACGAAUCGGUUUGAUACAACUUGGAUCAUUUUAUCGUGAUGAAAAAAAAUAUGAUUCAGCUAUCAAACAGUAUAAAAUCGCUUUAAAAAUACAAGAUAAUCAUGUUAAAAUUUCUGAAUUAAAUUACCAUUUAGGUUAUUGUUAUGACGAACAACAAGAAUAUAAUUUAGCAAUUGAACAUUAUAAGAGAGCAUUAGCAAUUUUUGAAACGACUAGAGACGAUUUAAUGUUAAUUCCGUUAUAUACUAGUAUUGGAAAAUGUUAUAAAAAGAAACAAGACUGUACUACAGCUAUCGAAUAUUUUAAGAAAGCUUUAGAGUUAAUUUCAAAUGAUAAUGAUGAUAUCCAAAUUUGUGAAUUAUAUGAUAAUAUCAGCUCAUGUUAUUAUAUCACUGAACAAUAUCAUCGGGCAUUGGAAUAUUCAACAAAAUCAUUAUUUAUAAAAGAAAAUAAUGUACAUCUUAAUAUUUACGAUUUAAAAGUUAUUGCACAUUUCAAUCAUUUUGUUGGUUUAUGUUAUUCAAAAAUGGAACAAUAUGAUUUAGCCAUUCAUUAUUUUAAUAAAAUGCUUAAAAUGUGGGAGCAGUACCCUUCUUUUCUUGACGUUGGUUUUAAAGUACAUGAAAAUAUAGCAACUAUGUAUAUGAAGAAAAAACAGUACCAUUUAGCUAUCGAACAUUAUAAAAAAGAGUUAGUAGUAUCUAAAGACCAAUAUGAUAAUACUGAUUUACAUGUUAAAAUUGGUGAAUGUUACCAGAGAACGUAUAACUAUGAAUUAGCCGUUCUACAUUAUAAAACAGCUUUAGAAGUACUAAAGAAUACAGAUGAUGAUGAUGAUAAUGAUGAUGAUAUUAUUCAAUAUUUAAUGAUGACUACUGCACAUCUUUACUUCAAAGUUAAUCAGUAUGAUUCAGCUGUAGAAUGGUAUACAAAAGUAUUGAAUAUGACUGAUGAGUCUUCUAUUGAACAUUCAAAAGCUGUAAAUGGAAUUGCUAAAGUAUGGUACGAGAAACGUAAUUAUGAGCAAUCAUGGUCAUUUUGUUCAAAAUCGAUGAAUAACGAUUUUGAAAAAUUUGAAAUUUAUGGUAAAAUUUUUCACUAUUAUGGAGAACAAAUAUUUGCCUACAAUUGUUUCGUGAAAUCAAUACAAAUUUUAUCAUCAUCACCGAUUAUGCCACAUUACCGAAAAAAGUAUAUAAAACGUAUACAGAAAGCUUUAAAUCAACUUAAAUGA